AUGACGGCUCUCGAAACCCUCAUCUUCCCCUCAUCCACCGAACAGAGCAGCCUCUCCCACCUCUUGACCGAUCUCAAGCGUGCUAACCUAUCCAUACACAAUCGGCUGCGGUCUAUCCUGCAAGAUGCCGAGUUUGUUCGCGAGGUCGCUGCGUCAUUCGGUGACUCGUCAAAGCGACGGAAGCGGUGGCGGCCGUUGGUCGCUAACGAACGGUGCGGUAGCUGGUAUGUCCGGCCUGCGGAUAAGACCGCAAGCGCCUAUUUCAAGAGCACCGAUGGUCAUACCGGUGCCUGGAAGUUCAGUACCCGGAGGCUGAACUUGAAUUUGCUCGGGCUGGUUGGAGAGUGCGAUGGGUGUAUCAUAGUCGACUCGACAAGACGAGGGAAGAGAAUGCCGGACGCUCUGAGCAAGACCAUCCCAAUCUGGUGCGCGGUCCUCAACCGUGCCCUGUUCCCAGACCACCCAAACCCGACCGAAGCCCACGCCCUCUUCACCCCUCCCCAAGCCGUCUCCCCAACCGAACACGCCCAAAUCGAAGCACUCCUACCAUCCUUCCUUGCCUCCCUGCGCGCUCUGGACCUCGACCUCCCCGCCCUCCGCAGCCGCAUCGCGAAACCCCUGCGUCCGCUCUGGGUAACCCCGGACUCGAAUCUCACUCACCUCAGCGAGCUGCACGACGACGACGACGACGACGACGACGACGCCGACGCCGAUGAGAACGGGUACAAAGACGGCAGACCGGUCGUCGUGUUCGAAGACUUCCACCCCGUCAUCUGCUGCACCGCUUCCCGCCGCGUAUCAGGGGGCGAACUCACGACAAUUGACGGCGGCGGAGGAGGAGGAGGCGGCGGGGAAGGGUCCGCCAGAGGCGACAGCUUCGUCUACGUGCAAGGCGCAGGCGACGACACGGAGAACUGGGCCCACGGCCUCACAGCCGAACUGUUCUGGACCCACAAGGACCUCCUUUUAUCAACGCCCGAGUCGGAGCUCCCUGCCUUGGUGGCGCAGCUCGUCGAGUCUACAAACGGGGAUAACUGUCGCAUCGUGUUGACACCAGCCGUCACCGGGCGCGAGACGUGGGUCAAGUCGCCGCACGAAAUGCAGGUCGGGCUCGGGAGACACAAAGUGGCCAGCCGGAACCUGCGGACCGCCCUGCCGGAUAUUUGCUCCUUCGUGACUCGUUACCUACAGGACCACGCGUCGGACAACCACAACCACGAGCGCGGGCCGGAAGCGGGAAGUCGCGUCCUCAUUGCCUGCGAGACGAGCAAGGACCUGUCGGUAGCCACAGCACUGGCCGUUUCCAUGUGGUGUUUCAACUCUGAGGGCACCGCGCCGAGAGACGCGGGGAAACAGACCAUAUUCACCAAAGAUCUCGUCAAAGUCAGGUUAGGACGCAUCAUGACGGCAUAUCCCGAAGCAAAUCCCGGGCGGGCAUCGCUGCAGAGCGUGAAUAGUUUCUUGAUGGACUAUAGAUAG